AUGAGCAGUCAAGACAAGCUUCAAAUCUACUCCAACGAAUUGGAGAGUGUUGAAGGAAGAAUUGAAGAGAGCAUCACAACGCUCCGUAGACUCAACAUCACAAGUCAAUCCGAUCCUAAUUUUAUUCAAAUACAAAUCGAAACUCAAUCACAAAGUAUUGAAGAGCAAUUAGAAAAGGCUAAAAAAAUCUACAACAAGAUUAAUAAUUUAACCAAGAAUGAUCCGACCAUUGAGAAUGCUGUGAAUGAAACAAAAAAGAAACACAAGGAAAUUUUAUCGAAAUUGAGAUCUCAGUUUAAACAAGCAAAAAGUUUUAUUGAAACCAAAGCCAAAGGUCUCACUGAGAAUCUACCAAAUAAUAACAACAACAACAACAAAUCCAACCACAAUUCAUUGGAUACAUCUUCCUCUUUUGUAUCAUCUUCGUCGUCAAAUACUCAAACAUCAUUCAAAGAGUCGACGAAAGAGGGAGUAAAAGGAUUUUUCGGUUUUGGUGGAAAUAAGAAUAACAACAACUCGGAAACAAAACAAUUGUUGGACAAUGAUGAAGAAGACGUGGUUGAAGUGAAGGUCAAUGAAACUGAUAUUUACAAAGGAAAUGCAAAUCUCACAAAAGAGCAACGUCAAAAGCACGAUGAAAUUGAGAGAGAGCUUUUUGCAGAGGUAUUUACCACACAGAAGGAUUGUCUCGAUAUUAUCGAUCGAUUAAACAAGAAGGCCGAAGAGACGAUUGCAAUUGCAACAGACAGUGCAGAAUUAUUGAAACAACAACGUGAACAGUUGCACAGAAUUGAUGAGGAAAUGGAUGCGUUAGGAGGUAAUGUUAAACGAGCACAACGAGAAGUGACAUCUUUCAUGAGAAGAAUUCAAACAGAUAAGUGUUGUGCUGUCAUGUGUCUAUUGGUGGCAUUGGCAAUUUUGGGAGGAUGUAUAUUUGCCAUUGUCAUGAAGUUUGUUCCAAUUAACAUUCGAGGUGGAGGCGGAAACAAUAAUAACAACAACAAUCAACCUAAUUCAACCUCCAUGUUGCAAAAGAAACAAUUGUGA